UCACUAGAGAGAGAGAGAGAGAGAGAGAGAAGGAGAGAGGGAUUCUAGACCCAAGACUGACGCUUUUUCUUGAGUCCUUUUGAACCCGCUCCAGGUUUUGAAUCUCUAACCAUGGAUGAUCAACCAAAACCCUCAUCGUCUAGUGCUCCAUCACUGUCAUCAAGGCCUAAAUGGGUGCUUCCUUACAAGACCCAGAACUUAAGAGACCAUUACAGCUUAGGGAGGAAGCUUGGUCAGGGGCAGUUUGGUACGACUUUUCUUUGUACUCAUAAAACCUCAGGAAAAAAGUAUGCCUGCAAGUCAAUACCAAAAAGAAAGCUUCUUUGCAAAGAAGAUUACGAGGAUGUGUGGAGGGAAAUCCAGAUAAUGCACCAUUUGUCCGAGCACCCACAUGUGGUUAGGAUUAGUGGGGCAUACGAAGAUAUUUCUUGUGUUCACUUGGUGAUGGAGCUUUGUGAAGGAGGUGAGCUUUUUGAUAGGAUUGUUAAGAAGGGGCAUUAUAGUGAAAAGGAGGCUGCUAAAUUGAUGAAAACUAUUGUUGGGGUUGUUGAGGCAUGUCAUUCACUUGGUGUCAUGCAUAGAGAUCUUAAGCCUGAGAACUUCUUACUUCACAGUGUUGAGGAGGAUGCUCCUCUUAAGGCCACUGAUUUUGGGCUUUCUGUGUUCUACAAGCCAGGCGAAACUUUUUGUGAUGUUGUUGGGAGUCCAUACUAUGUUGCGCCAGAGGUAUUGCGCAAACAUUAUGGACCUGAAGCAGAUGUAUGGAGUGCAGGAAUUAUUUUGUACAUACUAUUAAGUGGUGUACCGCCUUUUUGGGCCGAAACUGAAAUCGGGAUCUUCAAGCAGAUAUUGCAAGGCAAAUUAGAUUUUGAAUCUGAACCAUGGCCUAGUAUUUCGGACAGUGCCAAGGAUCUGAUUAGAAAAAUGCUUGAACGGAAUCCAAAGAAAAGACUAACUGCUCAUGAAGUACUCUGCCACCCAUGGAUCGUGGAUGACAGAAUUGCCCCAGAUAAACCUCUUGAUUCUGCUGUUUUAUCGCGGCUGAAACAGUUCUCUGCAAUGAACAAGCUUAAGAAGAUGGCUUUGCGUGUCAUAGCAGAUAGGCUUUCUGAAGAAGAGAUUGGUGGUUUGAAAGAGUUGUUCAAAAUGAUUGACACAGACAACAGUGGAACAAUAACUUUUGAUGAAUUAAAAGAUGGAUUAAGGCGAGUAGGCUCUGAACUAAUGGAGUCUGAGAUAAAGGAUCUGAUGGAUGCUGCUGAUAUUGACAACAGUGGAACAAUUGAUUAUGGUGAAUUUCUUGCUGCCACUGUGCACUUGAAUAAAUUGGAGAGAGAGGAAAAUUUAGUGUCUGCUUUCUCAUUCUUCGACAAAGAUAGCAGUGGAUACAUAACCAUUGAUGAGCUUCAGCAAGCUUGCAAAGAGUUUGGCCUAAGCGAGCUCCACCUUGAUGAGAUGAUUAAAGAAAUCGAUCAAGAUAAUGAUGGACAAAUAGACUAUGGUGAAUUUGCUGCAAUGAUGAGGAAGGGCAAUGGAGGAAUCGGGAGGAGAACAAUGAGAAGCACAUUUAACUUGGGAGAUGCCCUAGGACUCACUACCAAUGGAUCUAAAACAUCUGAUUGAUGCUCAGAUAAACUAUGUUUAACUCUCUGCCAUACUUUUUGGAAAUAUUGGCAAAUCUUAAUCUUUAUGAAUGGCCUGGCCAUAAUUUUGCAUCUCUGUUUUA